AACUGGGGGGUUACUCUGUAAGGCGUUUCGCAAGUGAAAAAGCUCGUAAAUGAAAAAAAGCAACUCUGUAAGGCGACAAGCGCAUUGGAAAUUGCGUUUUGCGCACUUAUUUUUACCCCUUCGCAAUGGCAGCACUCUGUAUUGCGUAAACGACUGUCAAAUCUGUGCGUUUAACGUAUUUUUGAUUCGAUAUCAAACUGGCAAACGCAACGGACAAAAAAUGGAACAUUCUAAAAAUAAACAGACAAACCCAACACAGUUCGAAAUUUUAAUCAAUUUUAUGAAUACACAUUCGGAACUUUCCAAAGGACAGCUUAAAACUGUGGACGCGAAAAAUGCAGCAAAUAAUUUGUGGAAAGAGUUGGUAUGUGACCUUAAUGCUGCGGGGCCACCAUCGCGCGAUGUUUUAAAAUGGAAAAAGGUUUGGUCGGAUUAUAAAACCCAUUUAAAAGCAAAAAUGGGGCGGAACAAAGUAAGUAUUUCUGGAACUGGUGGUGGUCCUCCAAGUCAUUGCUCCUUAACACCGUUGGAGGAGCAGGUUAGUGAACUUCUGGCAAUGGAAAUAUCCGUCAGUGGAAUAAGCGGCACCUCAGAAUUUGGUGCAGCACAAUUAACACAACCAAGUGGGUCAGACAUCACAACCGACGAAUUCCGACAGAAUGAACCAACGCCAGUGGAUGAAAUGCCACAUUGUUCACGACAAAGAGUCGCUCCGCAAAAGAAAGAUAGCCUUUUAAAUAAGCAGGUGGAUAACCAAAUCGCUUAUCACAAAGACUCAUUAAAAGUGUUAUCUGAAAUUAAUGAAAAUCUGAAGAUAAUUUCAAAAUGUAUGAAAAAAAACAUAAAAUGGCUAAAAGAAAAUAUGAAUUGGCUGUUGAAAAAUUCGAACACAAAAAAAGGAUUGAUUUGGACAAAACAAAACUAAAAUAUGCAACACUAGAACUAAAAAAGCAAAUGCUUGAAAUUGAACGGUCCGGCCAAUAAAAAUAUUGUAUUUUAGUUAUUGAUAUUGAAGUCUGUUACUUUUUUGUAAUACUUACUGAUAAUUACUUAUUUAUUAUAUUAAUAGUUUAAAUGAAUUGUUUUGAUUUAAAAACGUAUUUUGUGUUGAUGUGAUAGUUUUUACUUUUUAUUACAUACAAGUAUAUAAUACUUACAUAUAUAGAUAUGUAUACACAUGUGCA